AUGAUGAAGGCUGGAGAGAGUCGCCAACCUCUGCGAAGGCCACUCUGACGACUCCAAGAAAGUCGGCUCUUCCCGCAUGCAUGCAUGCAUCCAUCCAGCACCCUCGAGCCAUGCACCCUAAGCCCAAAGCUUGCAUUCCGGCGGCCCUCCUCCACAUUCGUGAUCCAUCAUGAAGGCAUGCAUCGAUCAGGGAUUAAAAAGAAAAAAACAAGCGCGGCCACGGCAUCGGAACGAUCAGCGCCGGCAGCGCUCAUGCAAGAUUCACCAUUUGAGUGGCUUUCCCCGCAGAGGAUCAAGAGCGCGACGACGCUUCCCUCCUUAUAGCGCGAAAAUAAGAUCGAAAUGCUACCGCGCAUCCAUGAUUCCCUUGGCCGCAAUCUGGUCAUGCGAUGACUUCUCCCCGACAACGACAGGCCAAGCUUGCUCAAGAGAAUCGAGCGCCAAGGGUACGUUCAUUUGACUUGCUCGUGGAAAGUCGGAAGAGGCGGGCAAAUGAUUGGGCUAUAUGUACUGCUGUUU